CUUUUUGAUGGAGUACAUACUGAAGGAUAAAGAAGUCGUUGUUUUUGAGCUGCUUUUGAUUAGCAUAUUGUUGAUAAACGAUGCGCAGGACAAACCAAAUCAUAAUACGUAUCCCAUGUCUUUGUGGUCUCAAUCGGAUGGAGGGCAGUAAAGUUGUCAAACACACCCUCGGGUGGCUCAGGUCCAUCGUAAAAUAGAAACAUGAUCCAGGUAUUGAGCACCAACGCAUGUUCAGCUGUCACGAUGACUGCGGCCUUAUCGUCGGGAUAGUACUCGGUAAAGUCGCGGACGGCUUGCAGGACUUCUUGUGUUUUGUCUGCAGUGAAGACGUAGUUUCCUCCCCAAACCUGCUCUCGUUAGAGCUAUCGAAUACACGAGCGAUAGACAAACCUUUGAAAUUGGGUGUGUCUCGAGCUUAUACGAAGUCACGAUGCCAAAGUUGUUUCCACCUCCCUUGAGAGCAGCAAAGAGAUCUAAUAAUUGAUUAGGAAACAUUUUUUUUUUUGGGAUGAUACGACAUACUGGAAUGUUGCUGAGCAUUGACAUUGACAACACUACCAUUUGCCAGGACGACCUCGAACUCGACAACGUUGUUCGCUGCCCAGCCAUACUGGGAACUGAGAAAGCUCAAGCCACCUGCUCAUGUCAGCUACAUCCCACUCAAUAGACUUCGACCUACCUCCGAGCAUAUACCCUCCGACCCCUACACCACCUAAUCGGCCACCAACGAUAGUGCGUCCACUGUUCACAUUAUCCAGAGCCUUUUGCGCCUCCUCCCAAUCCAACCCAGGACCGACGAGCGCCGUCUGGUCAUCCGGAUCAUAGAUCACCUGGUCAAGCCUCCUUGUAGAGAUGAGGAGGCCAUCUUGAAUGCUGGCAAAGCCAUUGUUGGGCAUGUGGCCCCCGGAUUUGACAGCAAAGAGAUCAUCCGUGUUGUGAAGCUCCUUGACGAUAGCCGACAUCUCGAGGGCGCUUGAGGGAUAGGCAAUGCAUGUAGGUCGUAGGUCACCACAUGCAACGGACCAAUAGUUCUUCAUUUCCAGGGUAUAGUCAAGCGCAAAUGGCCGUUCAAUUUCCACACCCUGUGACUCGAGUGUAGAACAGAUAUCUGCAGCAACCAGGGGAAUGGCAGCCAAAGCAAGCGCCAUAGCGACUACGCGCCAUUCUGAAUGCCGUCCCAUGACGAGAUAAGACUGGAAGGAGGUAGAAAUGUUCAGGAGAUGCCUGCCUAAGGGGCUGCGGACUUAUACUCGGCGAGCGGCCACGCUCAUUAUAUAGAGGAACCAUGGGUCAAAAUUGCGGAGAACACGGCGUCGCCACCCACGCCUUCAGGGGUUGCUUGUCUACAUCUUGGAACAGCCCGUCAUUCGGCUGGAUUUGUUAAGCAGAAUUCGCUUCGGUUGUUCUGCGUAAAUACGGAAGCGUGGAGAUUGUCGAGCACGGCGGCCUGUCAUCCACUGAGCAGACUCGACCAGGCGAGUCAUUGAUAGAACUGAUCGGCGUUCGCUUACGACGUUUAGUGGGCCUCCGAAUCUAUCUUGAGAGCAUGUAGGGAGAGAUUUCGUGGCUUGUUGCCUGGAAAGCCAGUCACAAACGGACCCAUUCACACUGGAAGGACCCCUCGCCUCCUGAUGUAGAGCCUCGGAAUCACAGGGGCGACACAGAUGAGUAGAGGCUGUUCCGGGGUAACAUUCCAUGAACUGUGGGCCAGUCAAAGAAGGGUGUUCUGGGGGCGUGAUGGCUGAAAUGCCAUUCGUCCGCGCAUCUUGAAGAAAGCUAAUCUGGCUUUGUGAUCGGCAGGCACUACUAGUCUCUAGAAUGCCGUUAUCCCUGCCAGUGAGUCCGAUGAUCCCCGUUGGUUUGUCAGUAUCGUGGCGAGGAAAACAUGAGCAGGCACAAUCCCUCCUGUGUAAAUGAGGUGCUUCGAGGAGAGGGAUCCGCAAUGACAGUACGACAUAUGUCCAAUUGACGAGGUGUCAUGAGCGGGAUAUGAGUACGAAACCUCGAGAAUCACGGCUCAUAGCGUUCUCUAAGCGAGGGCAAGAUGUCGAUUCCAUUGGCAGCUGCAUAGAUCGUCCAUGAUCGUUCAUGAGCCGGUGGACUGAGAUGCGGGGAGUGGGGACUUCAAGCACAAAAGGCACUUGACUUGGAAAGGAAGUCUUUCGGAUUCCGAAUUCGAGGACUAGGACGGUCGGACCCCAUUCUGACGUGCUGGCUACUGACUCGACUGUUUGCUUUCGGAAGGGAUUGCCUCGCACCAAGCUUGUGGCUUGGUAUAUUCUUGAUCUCAAAACCUUUUAUCCAGUUGCUGUUACCGUGAUUGGUGGUCACCGCUUCCUGUAUCUCCAUUGACGCCGAUUGACGGAGUGUCAUAACGGAACUGUGCAUGUUCGGGCCAAUCCGUCACAUGUGGGUACUCGCGGCUCAGCCGAGGAUGUACUCCAGAGUAUGGAGGGCGGGAUUGAUGAACUUGACCUUGGGGAUAUGCUGUUGAUAAGGAACAAAUAAAUUGACAGUUCAACGUGGAAUCCUCAAGUCGCCAGGACGCGCUAUCAUAUUUUCGGAGGGAGCGGAUGGGAAGAGACUUGGGGAUAGGGGCGAAUCUUGGCCGACUUGGUCACUGCUAGCAGCGAGAGACAGCCCUGUGCACUCUUCGCAACAAACCUCAGCCAGCUUACUGAGAGUUCGGCGAUGGAGCCAUGAUCACCGGCUCCAGUAGAGUUCGACAAGUGGUUCGGCUAUCUGGUGUCGAAGACGAUCAAUACAGAAUUGGCACACUUGAGCUGUCAAGACCGCCGAGCCUGAUGGAAGAGCAUCGAGAAAGCCGGUGUUUGCUGAAGGGGGAAAGAUAAGUGCACGUGGCGAUAAGCUUGCUGGCUCACCGCCAAGGCGGCGAAGAUAUACUGCCAGCAGAUCGCAUUCAUUUUUCGCGGACGUCGCAUCGAUUAGUUUUUCUCUAUCGCCUCCCUAUCGAAAGAUAAUUCGAAUUUGACAUUGGACUCUUGAAAUGGGCACUGCAGUAUGCUCUUGAAAUUAUCAAGGGGUCAGGUAUCAGGCAGGGCGCCUGCCGUGCGCGGUUUGCUCCAGUCCAGUCGCGCCGCGUCUCCGACACCUGCAACUGCUUUCUCAAGACCAACCCCAUGGCUCAAUAGAGCCUUGCUAGGCUCCUCGGUCAUCUUUCGGAGCUUAGUUACCAACACAGGGAGUGUCCCUACAGGAAACGACCUUCUACGGCCGCCGAAUAUCGAAGAUAUCCGACUCAAGAACGAGUUCGAGGCAAACAAAGACGUUAGAGUGUAUCUGCGAAAAUGGCAGGACAUCAACCCAAAUGUUCUGGACCCCGUCAACAUUCCCGAGGGAUACAAGCAGGGCGAGAUGUGGGUAGGAAAUAUGCUCAACGACAGCGUGGAAGCCUUCGAGUCGGGGAGCGAUAUUGAGCGGAUAAAUGGGGAAGAAGUACCCGAUAUCAUGGACUUUGGCAAUGAAGAGGAGGGUCUGUACAAUUACCUAGAGCCAGGCGACCUGGUAGCGAUUACAUGUGGCGACGAAGUUCUGAGAUUUGCUAUAUACGUCCGAUCCAUCUUCAAGCAGCAACAAUUCUACACUGAAAGGGGGAAAUGGCGAGUCGCGUACCCGAAAGACCUUGAUUUCGUGGUCAAGGGAUUUGCAUCUCCCGAAGAAGUCUCCGCCCUACACCCAUUUUUCCCCGAUACUUUUGCUACGUUGAGUCCGGAAGUGCAGAGUGCGAUUGAAGGUGGCGUGCCGCGGAAUGUAGGAGCCGGUCUCUUGCUCAGGAUAAUCGAUUUCAACUCGCAGGUGCAAGAACUUUAUCGAUCCAAUACGCUUCGCUUUGACAAAAUUUACGACCUAGUUGCCCACGAAGAAGAGCAGUUGCACCUUACUCUGGAACAGUUGGCUUGCAAAGCGUUGGAUAUUGAACCGGAGCAGCUGAACGACGUCAUCCUCUAUGCUGUCCACCGCGCAGUCCGCCGAAACCCGUUCUUGUUGGAAAGUGAUAGCAGUUCUCUUUUUGCUAACCACUACGUUGUGCUUCCGACUCGAACAGCUAGGAUACUUACUACAGUCGUCUCCUGGGUGCGUGAGCACCAAAACUAUCUGGUUCGUGCUGAAACGGGGAGGGACGUCCCUGAAUUGAAGAAUCAUCCGAUAGCAAUGUUUGUUCGGAGAGCACAGCGGUUAGUCCGUCUCAGCCGAAGGAUACGCUCGCCUACGACAAUGUCCAACGUUGGCCCAACAGCGCAACGCUUCGUGGCUGGACAAGAUGGCAAGCCAAUGGUGUAUCGGGAGAUGGCUACCGAACCAUUCACCCAAGAGGACAAGACUAUCCUCGAAUUUCUCCGGCUAUGGUGCACACCUCCGAGAAGAAUGACCAAGGCAGAGUUACGGGCGGCUGGCUCGCACAUUAUGCGCGCAACUAAAAUGUAUAGUGAAAUGGACCUCAACGCCGGGUCGGUCCCUUUGUUGUUACAAGAGAUUGGAGUAUUCAUGCCCUGGGAAAACCUGCAUCUCUCCGAUCGAGAUCUAGCUUUACCUGGACACGGUAAUAAGCAAUCUGACGCAAUGUGGAAUGCUGUUGAAACAGAGAGUAAAAAGCUCAACAAAGAUGGUAUCGUGGACACAAUGAAGGAUCAUCGAACAGACUGGGGAGACCUCCCCGUCUAUUGCAUUGACGAUCCAGAUGCGAAGGAGAUUGACGAUGGUGUUUCGCUUGAGCCCGUUCCAGGAUCCGACGACACCUUUUGGAUACACGUGCAUGUUGCCAACCCUACUGCGUUUCUUGAUCCACAAAACACCAUCAUUCAGUAUGCAGCAUCUCGGCUGCAGACACUGUACACACCCGAAAGGACCUAUCCAAUGCUGCCCAAAUCCCUGACAGAGAACCACUUCAGUCUUGCUCCAGACCGGCCUACAAUGACUUUCAGCGCCAAAAUGAAACUCAACGGCGAGGUUCUGGAUACUGACGUCUCGAAUGGUAUCGUGCGAAACGUCAUUUAUCUCACGCACGAUAAAUUGCGCAGUAUAUUCCAACCAUCACAGCACGAAAACGAGACUUUGCCGCCCUUGACAGUCGGAGGGAAGUUUACACCCCAUGACUCCCGCCCAGGCAUCCGCGAUACAGUCACCCCCGAGGAAGAGGACACAUUCCGUACCCUGCGCCAACUCAUGCUCGGGUUCCGCGAGUUCCGCCGCCAGAACGGAGCAAUGGACUGGCCGAGCCCAGCCGACACUUCUGUUGCAGUCAGCUUCGGGUCCGCCCCUGCUCCGCCAUCCAAGCCGAACCUCGCGACAGGGCGCUACGUCCUCGGCGACCCGAUCAUCCAGCUCCGCCAGAAGAAUGUCGACCCCCACGAGAUUGCAGACCAGACAAAACGCUACCUUGUCUCCUUACUAAUGAACCUCGGCUGCUGGGUCGCGGCAAGAUGGUGCGCUGAGCGCAACAUCCCAGCCGUUUACGACGGCACUUACUACCACCCCGAAUACCCACACCUGACCAACGAAAACGUCUCUGAAUUCGGCGGCGAGGGCUGGCUCCGUCUCGGCCCGCCCAAGGGCGUCUCAUCCUCCCGCCCAAUCCCCCAUACCCCGCUCGGCCUCGACGCCUACGUAAAAACAACCAGUCCCCUCCGCCGCUACACGGACGUCCUAGCCCACCACCAGAUCGAGGCAGCCCUCCGCUUCGAACACAAACACGGCCGCCGUUUCGACGGCAACAGCCCAACCGACAUCGCCGAGCUUCCUUAUACCCACGACGACGUGGACCACUACAUCGCGCGCACGCGCUGGCUGCGCACCCGCCUGCGGGUCUGCGACCAGGGCUCGAAGCAGUUCUGGGCGUGCAUGCUCCUCUUCCGCGCGUUCUACUUUGGAGAAUGUGAGCUCCCCGAGAGGUUCGAGUGCGUCGUACACAGCCCGUUUAACCGGGCGGGAGCUACAAAUGAUGAUACGCACUUUGGGACCAUCACGUCGCUCGGUGUCCGGUGCCAUAUCACUGCGCCGCCGGAGAUUGGGGAGAUUAGUACCAUGAGCAUUGUGGAGGCGAAGAUUCUUGGUGUCGACUUGGCACAAUCGGUUGUGAUGAUGCAGGCGACGAGGUUUGUCAGACCGUUUACGCGUGUUGGGGAGUGGGCGUAAGCUAUGGAGGUCAUAGCCUUUUUGGCUCAGUGUAACACCCAGCUUUAUGUAUAUUAGAUCAAACCACUCAAUAGAAACAUGUACAUUAGCCCGAAGAUAGACAUUCAAGAUACGGAACCAGUAGUUCAUGUGUAUCAUGCUGUACUAGCACCGGACACGAAAUAUCCUGGACAACAAGCUAAAAGAGUAAAUUGUCGAGAGAAUACUGGUUUGCUACUCUGUUCG